CGUGCCUUGCUUUAUACAUGCUAUAUAUGUUAUUAUUUCAUAUAUAUAUGUGUAUAUAUAUACACACAUAUAUAUACAUAUAUAUACAUUCUUUUAAGAACUCCUCGUGUGUUUUUGUUGUAUAUAGAUCGUAUAUGUUGUGUUGUUGACUAUGCGUGUGAAGACCAGAAAGAGUGAUAAGAUAAGUGCUUUUUAUUAUUGAUAUGCAUAUACUCUGAGGCGAGAAAAAAGAGAGUAUAGGUAGGCGAAGUGCGGCUUGAUCGAAUAUAAGCUGUUUAUCUGUAUAUUGCCUUGACAUAUGAGAAAAAUCUGCUACGCUGGGUCUCGCGGUCGAAGGUUUCAACACAACGAUAUCGCACGCAUGCGGCUCCUGCGCCGCUGAUUUUAAGGAGCAUUGGGAGGACACAACCGGCAGUACGGUGGUAGCCGAGGCGGGUAGAGUCGUAGCCGAGGGGGGCCCAGGCGGCGGGUGCCGCGCCACCUCGAUGACGAUGGCGGAGAGCGCGCUGGAGGACUCGGCCCAAGCCGCACCGCCGGGCCCGGCCAAGCCACCACCCACCUGUACCAACAACAACACCCUCGCCGCUACGGCAAAUCGCAACCAGCAGACGCAGCAAGGGCAGCAACAGCAGCAACAGCCAGCUGCGGCAGCCGCACCGAUACGCAAACGCAAGCGACUGUCUCAGGUGGUAGACAAACUCCAAAAGACGAGCAAGCGUUGCGACAGUAACAGCGAGGAGGAGGACGUAUUCCUAGCCACGUCGUCGUCACCAAGUCCAUCCAGCGACAAUACCGUCAAGUCAUCGUCCAAGCAUCACAGUCAUCUUCACAAUCACGAGAAUCAUCGGAACAACAAUCAUCAUCAUCAUCAGCAGCAGCAAGUUCCAGCGCCGAUUUACAGCGGCUGCAGCUGCAUGCACUGCUCGUCGUCGCCGAUGUUACCGACAUCGCCGCUGACACCGCUGACGCCGUUGAGUUUCGCAACACCGGUGUCGCCGUCGUCGUUCAGCUUCGAACAUUAUCUGCAUACUAAGUACCUGCCCUUGUCGCGUAGCCACUCCGACUCGGACGAGCCAUGGGAUCACCAGCAAACACGCCAGCGGCAACCGAAUAGUCGACAGGUUUACUUGCCAAGAAGUGGCAGCCUCGAAUCAGACUCGACGGCAAGUCCGCAAGAUUCCCCGUUGGACCUGUCGAUGAAGGGUUUGUUAGCAGCCGUGAGACCUCCGGCGUUACAGCUUCUACCUCCGGGUUUGGUGUCGAGAGGCUCGGUAAGCGUGCCGGUCGUCAGAGGUGACGUAGCUUCUCCGACGACCAAGGAAAGCGUCGCUGUUCGUUACAAUCUGGACGUGUCGCCGGUGGUCGAGGAAAUGCCUCCCGGUGCUGAUUUGGCCUACGUAUGUCCUGUGUGCGGUCAGAUGUUCAGUCUACACGACCGACUGGCGAAACACAUGGCGUCCAGGCAUCGGAGACAAAACUCGCAAGACACUCAGACCAAGGCGUAUCUUUGCGAUGUUUGUAAACGUAGCUUUGCUAGGUCAGACAUGUUGACGAGGCACAUGAGGUUGCAUACCGGCGUUAAACCGUACACUUGCCGGACGUGCGGUCAAGUAUUUAGCAGAUCUGAUCACUUGAGCACUCAUCAGCGAACGCACACCGGUGAGAAACCGUACAAGUGUCCGCAGUGCAUCUACGCAGCGUGUCGCAGGGAUAUGAUCACCAGGCAUAUGAGGACACACUCCAGGUACGCGCACUCGACCAAGCAAGAGCUCAAAGCCGAGUUGCCCGACAGCCCGACGAGUUUGCCGAUGAUCAAGCAGGAAUGACGAUUACCCGCUGGAUGAUCCGCCGAACGACAGCGAAUCUCGAGAUCAGUAUUAUCGGUGUCACUUUGCCGAUCAUUUUCCGAAGGAAAAACGAAGAUAAGAUGUUCUUCGGUCGGUUGAAAAAACAAGCUCUCUCAUGUUGAUUGUAACUAGGUGCUUUGUACAGAAUAUUAUUACGUGUUUGACACAGUACAUACACUUAACACUUACUUACACACACAAAUGUGCCAAAUUUUUAAAUGAAGGUCAGUGAUCGUCAAUUCGCGCAACUUACUCGACACAGCGCAGCAGACUGUGGGCGGCAGGACUGAAAGAAAAUAAAGUCGAUAUUCUUUUGCUCUCUAAAUAAAAUUGAAUUUAACUUAUUUAUUUUUUUUCGUUCUUGUUUUUUUUACUCGCGACGCGCGUUAAACGCGAUGUAAACUCUUUAUUUAUUUGAUAUAUAUUUGUAGUUAAUAUGGAUUUGUGACGAUUUUUUUUUUCUUCCCUUCAAGACGAGAACAAAUUCAAAUAACGUUGGUUGUUUAUUUUUUCUUUUGUAAGUUCGACGAUAUAAUUCGAUGAUCUUUUCUCUCAUCUCUUCUAUUUUUAUGUUUUUUCUUCGUUGGAAACAUACGAACAUGUACCUGCGCGAAGAUUGACUGUAGGAAAAACAUUAAGUUUGAAAAAUCAGUUGGACCGAGCGUUUCCUUUUUUUUUUUGUUAAAUGAGCGGAAGUUAGAUUUUUUGUAGCAUUAUUAUUAUAAUUUUAGUCGAUAAUUAAGCUCUAUCGUUGAUGUUGUUUGUAACGACAAAUGCUGAACAGCAAAGGAGGAAAACUUGUGAAGGUUACCCCUACUAAUUGAAAAAUUGAAUUAUUUGUUUUGUUUGUCGACGAUAAUAAUGUUCGGUCGCAGGUAGGCCGUGAACUACAAAAGAAAAUUAUUUGUGAAAUCGCGGACCAAGCAAAUAAAAUAAAAACACAAAAACGGAAUAAAAUCUCAUGCAUCCACUCCCAUUUUGUCUAUUAGAAUGUAAUAAUUCCUCACGAGUCUCCGCGCGACUAUUUAACGGAAGGUUUGAACUGAAAGUUCACUCUCGUGUUUAUUCACAUAAUAUAGUCGAAUCUCUCUAACUGUAUAUUUUUGUACAGCACGUUUUUCUAGUACGUACUUUAAACGUUAAGUGUUUGAAUAUAAAUAAUAAAGAGAAAAAAAAACGACGCACCAAGUGAUAGGUCGUUGUUUUUUAAUUUGCCAAGUACUUACUUCUGCUCUCUUUCUUGUAUGAUAUCUACACGAAGACAAUGCUUGCCACUCAACUUGCCUAUUUAUUUUAUUUUCAUUCUUUCAUCGGACAAAGUAUUUUUGCAAGCAAGAACUACCACAUGCGUAAAUAAAAAAAAUGUUAUUUCUUCGUUGUCAUUAUACUUUUUCUCCUAUAUUUUGUUUGCUAAAUUUUCUUCGUAUGUGCGUUGAGCUUGCGUUUUUCUUUGUAAUUAUCAUCUUGACACUUAGUCCCUUCACGAGCACGCUAGUGACGUAAUUAUCACUAUUUUUAUUAUAAGUUAUUACUUUUAUUAUUAUUAUUAUAUUAUUAUUAUUAUAUUAUCAUUAUUAUUAUUACUUAGUUACGUUAUUAAUCAUGUUUAAUGCUUCUAUUAUUUAUUUUGUUAUCCCGUUUGAGAACAAACAAACAAUUAAAAAAAUCGAAGUCAUAAGUGCAACUGAUCUAAGGAGCAAAAAUAGUAAACCAGCAUAAGUUUACUAUAGAAAAUGAACAAAACAGUUAAAAUGUAAACGUAUGUAAACGUUAAAAUGUAAAUGUAUCUCUCUCUGAAUCUUCACACGAAUAUAAAAUGAAAAAAUGAAGUCUCCUAUCGUAGUGUCUUUUAUUAUUUUUUAUUAUUACUUAACAAAUAAAAAUGCGCGCGCGGUUAUUGCAUUUACGUCGUUGUUCAUCGUGUACAAUCAAGUUCCUUGCUAAUCUCCGUAUAUACAUAAACAAAGCGAUGCACGUCGAAGUGAUUGAGUGCGCGCUGAAGACACACGUCGGAGAGAGAGAGCGAGAGAGAGAGAGAGAGAGAGAGAGAGAGAGAGAGAGAGAGAGAGAGAGAGAGAAGAAAGAGAGAGAAUGGUAAAGUCGACAAAUGAGCGAAUGAGAGAGAGAGAGAGAAAACUUAUAAU